UUUGGUUGGCAGCUGAUUUUGGCUGGCAGCUGAACAAACAGCAAAACAUUAUUUUCCAUAGAAAUGUCGGGAAAAAGUACAACAAAACGGCCAUGGCGGAAAGAGUUGAAAAAACAACAACGCAAGCGCAGACGUCGGAAAGAAGCUGUGGCGCGUGACCUGCGUUUGGAGGAAGAGGAAGCACAUAAUCUGAAAGAUCCUGCAUACCAACAGCUGCUACAGCAGCAAGUGCAGCUCGAAGAGGAACAGAAACGCGCAGCUGAGAAGCGUCAUGCCGAAGAGGAGGAAAUUUGGCUAAGGCGUGACCUGCUAGCACAACGUGAAUUCCGCCUCAAGCAGCAACAACGCACAGCUUUAGAAGCCGCAGAAGUGGCCAAACGUAUAAAGCAAGCAGAAGAGCUGGCGGCAAAGGAAGCUGAGCAACGACGGCGUCACGAAGAACAUGAAAAGAGUAAAGCUGCCGCCGCAGCGGAAUUUGAGCAAAUGAUGGAGUGUAUGGAGAAUUUUCUUAACAAUGAUGGUCCACCACCUGCGGAACUACGCCGAGUAGUAGAAUCACGACCCAACCAAAAUUUAUGUAUUCUGUAUGAGCGUACGAAUUGUUGCCGAUAUGGAGCGCCAUGCGUUAACAAUCAUCGUCGGCCGCUGCUUUCGAACAUAAUUGUUGUGCGUCACUUCUUUAUGCAUCCGCUACUGGAAGUGGAGCAACAUAAGGAAUACGCGAAUGCUGAUGGGAGUUUAGAGUUAAGUGAACAAGAUUUGCGCGAGGCGUAUGAAGAUUUUUUCGAAGAUGUAUUACCCGAAUUGGAGGAGUUCGGAUAUAUAUUAAAUUUUCGCGCUGUACGCAACGUGCUGCGUCACAUGCGUGGACAUGUUUUUGUCGAGUAUGUGGAUGAAAGAUCCGCCUUAAAAGCUUUCAUAAAGCUACAAAGACGUUAUUACGCCGGUAGACAAUUAAAUGUCGAGUUUUCAUGCAUUAAAUCUUGGCGUAGCGCAAUCUGUGGUUUAUCACUUGCACAUAAAUGUCCAAAGGGCGACAAAUGCAAUUACUUACAUUUGUUCAAAAAUCCAGGCAAUAAAUGCAGUAUGCCCUUGGAUGUUAACAGAACUCCAAGUACCAGGGCGCAAAUGGUCACGCCUUUAAUGAGUUGGAAUACAGUGACAGCGAAUGAUGUCAAACAAAGCUCACGCAACUGGCGUUGGUCUGAGAGUCCGGAAUUGGAAAUACCGACAAGAAAAGUUGAGACUGAGAGGAUGGAGAAACAAGUUAGCGACCAUGAUGACUGCAGUAAAAGUAAGCAGCUACAACAACAACAUCAGCGCAAUAAAAUUAAUAGUGAUACCAAAUUGGAAAAUACCUCCUCGUCGCAAUCGAAAGAAUGCAUGGCAGACGCAGAUGCUAAUACAAAAUCAAAAGAGCGACAAAGAAGGCACAAACAUGUGCUCGAUAAGCCUCCCAAGAGACAUAGACGAGAGCAUUCACGCCAUUCCGAGCGUGCUAAAAAGCGACAGGAUCGCCACAGUGAAGUCGACUCAAGGAGUGGCAGCUCGCAAAGUUAUAAAGAUGGUAGCGGUAAACGCAGGCGUUCUACCACAAGCAGUGAUGACAGCCAAAAUUUUAAAGACAAGAGCAGGCAUUCAUCAAUUGAAGAGAAGUUUAAGCACCGAAAACACCGUAAAUCUAGUAGUCCAGAUUGUUCCACGCCAAAAAAACAUAAGCACAGGAGCAUUAAAAGAAGCUCAAGCAACCAUGAAAGUACGUCAAGCCGAUAAAUUUAAAACAAUGGACAAACCAGCUCAAAGCGCCAUAUGCCAAAUUAUAUGAAUGUACAAAACUAAAAAAGGUUCAGGUGGUUCACUUGUGGUUCCAUAUUUAGUGAUGAGAUUACAGAAUUAAUUUUGAAAAUAAAGGAAUAUUAUUAUUGCUAUAGCAGCUUUCCCAGUUCUGCCACGAUUGACGUGCAAGUCUAUGAAGGUUAUACACAGUUAUAACAGUUAAGGUUAUAUACAGUUAGAACUUCCAAAACUCGAUUUUUAUUAUUUUUUUUUUUCUUAAUGUACAAUUAUUUUAAAAUACACACAGAAAAUUUAAUAUCAUUCCGGUGAAUAUUUUCGAAGUUACACGCAAAUUUGAAAAGGCGUUUCCUAUCCUAUGUAAAGUGCUUUUCAAACUUUAAACGCAUUUUUCUCGAAAUGGUGUUUUCAAAGUCGGUGACCAACAUUACUCGAAAACGGCUAAACCUAAAAUUGUUGGCGGUCCGCUGGUUGCUAGCAGGGAAAGAAAAAUUGAAGAAAGAUUUUUGGCUCAAUAUGAAUGGAUGAUGGUACCUACAGAUCUAAACGAUCUAGUACAGAACGAGAGAGUUGUGCGUUCUGUUAAAGCGCAGCGCAUAAGAUGGAUGGCUCAUGCUACCCGUAUGCCUACU